AUGAUUGGCUGUUGCGCGACGACCUUGAGGGGGAGGAGCCGGCGGCAGAGCCGGAAACGUCGGGGAGAGCGAGAGCCACGUCCCGAGCCUGGGCGUGCGCACUCAGAGGGGGCCAACCGCUGUCGAGGCCUGUGCACCUCCUCCUCUGGCCGGAGGGGGCAGACGCGCGUCGACGCGACGCGGGGCGCAACCUGCUGCAAGGGGAGCACAAAGCGCAGGGGGCGCAGCCCUGAGGGGCCCCGGGCACACGCCGAUGUGGCAGUGUCACCCCCAGGAAAGGUCCCCCUAAAGGAGAGCGGGCUGCGGGGGGCGGCGGCCUCCAAGGGGGCGGGGUCUGGCCGAGGGGAGGCGCCGGGGGAGGGGCCGGGGGGCGCAGGCGGAGGCCCCGGCAGGGGCCGGCCCUCGUCCUACCGGGCCCUCCGCAGCGCCGUGUCCAGCCUGGCGCGCGUGGACGAUUUCGACUGCGCAGAGAAGAUCGGGGCCGGUUUCUUCUCUGAGGUCUACAAGGUUCGGCACCGACAGUCGGGGCAAGUCAUGGUGCUGAAGAUGAACAAGCUUCCCAGUAACCGGAGCAACACGCUAAGAGAGGUGCAGCUCAUGAACCGGCUCCGGCACCCCAACAUCCUCAGGUUCAUGGGGGUCUGUGUGCACCAGGGGCAGCUGCACGCUCUUACGGAGUAUAUGAAUGGGGGUACCCUGGAACAGCUGCUCAGCUCCCCGGAACCCCUGUCCUGGCCAGUCAGGCUCCACCUAGCACUGGACAUUGCCCAAGGCCUACGGUACCUACACGCCAAAGGUGUGUUUCACCGAGACCUCACAUCCAAGAACUGUCUGGUCCGAAGGGAAGACCGCGGCUUCACAGCUGUUGUGGGGGAUUUCGGACUGGCUGAAAAGAUUCCUGUGUACAGGGAAGGGGUGAGGAAGGAGCCCUUGGCUGUGGUGGGCUCCCCAUACUGGAUGGCUCCAGAGGUGUUGCGGGGAGAGCUGUACGAUGAGAAGGCCGACGUCUUCGCCUUUGGGAUCGUCCUCUGUGAACUCAUUGCCCGAGUACCUGCGGACCCUGACUACCUACCCCGUACUGAGGACUUUGGUCUGGAUGUGCCUGCCUUUCGAACCCUGGUGGGAAACGACUGCCCGCUGCCUUUCCUGCUCCUGGCCAUCCACUGCUGCAGCAUGGAGCCCAGCACCCGGGCCCCCUUUUCGGAGAUCACCCAGCACCUGGAGCAGAUCCUGGAGCAGCUGCCUGAGCCUGCUCCCCUCUCCAAGACGCCCCUCACUACGGCUCCCUUAACAUACAAUCAGGGGUCUGUCCCAAGAGGAGGUCCCUCCGCCACGCUUCCCAGGCCAGACCCCCGGCUCUCCCGCAGCCGCUCCGACCUCUUCCUGCCACCCUCACCAGAGUCGCCCCCCAGUUGGGGGGACACUCUGACACGAGUCAACCCCUUCUCGCUGCGGGAAGACCUCAGGGGUGGCAAGAUCAAACUCCUGGACACACCCUGCAAGCCGGCCACCCCGCUGCCCCUGGUACCGCCGUCACCGCUGACCUCUGCCCAGCUGCCCUUGGUGACCACUCCAGAGACCCUGGUCCAGCCUGAGACACCUGCCCGGCGCUGUCGCUCUCUGCCCUCUUCCCCUGAGCUCCCCCGACGGAUGGAGACUGCACUGCCAGGUCCCGGCCCUUCCCCCAUGGGCCCCCCGGCUGAAGAGAAGAUGGAGUGUGAGGGCAGCAGCCCUGAGCCAGAGCCCCCGGGGCCAGCGCCCCAGCUGCCUCUGGCUGUGGCCACCGACAACUUCAUCAGUACUUGCUCCUCGGCCUCUCAACCCUGGUCUCCUCGAUCAGGACCUCCCCUCAAUAAUAACCCCCCUGCCGUGGUGGUCAAUUCCCCACAAGGAUGGGCUGGGGAGCCCUGGAACCGAGCACAGCACAGCCUUCCUCGGGCGGCAGCCCUGGAGCGGACAGAACCCUCGCCACCCCCAUCAGCUCCCCGGGAGCCUGAGGAGGGCCUGCCCUGCCCCGGCUGCUGCCUCGGCCCCUUCAGCUUUGGCUUCCUAUCCAUGUGCCCCCGGCCCACCCCAGCUGUUGCCCGCUACCGCAACCUGAACUGUGAGGCGGGCAGUCUUCUCUGCCACCGAGGGCACCAUGCCAAGCCACCCACACCCAGCCUGCAGCUGCCUGGGGCACGCUCUUAGCAGCAAGGCCUACGAUCUCAGGCUUCCAGCCUCGGCCUACGGGACAGCCUGUAAGGACAGAGCGCACUUGCCGGACAAUGCCAGCCCCAGAUGGGCUGACUGGCUCUUCUCCCCGUCUAGGGGAGCCUCAGCAUGGUCUCAAUGGACAGCACUUCCUAUCCGACCCCUUGGGUUCGCUUUCCCACGGGGAUCACUGAACUAGACACAGCAUUGCUGACACACAAGACUAACACGUGCAAAUUAUUUAAAGAUAUUUCAAUAAAACUGCCUGGCUGGCUCCGGGCCAUCCAUCCACUCA